AUGGAGGAGAUCUACGAUCAUGAGGACGAUGCUAGAUUUGAGCAGCGAGUUGGCCGCCUCUUAGACCGUCGGAUGGAGCGGAUGAUGGAGGAGCUGACUGAACGGAUUACCCAAAUGAUGGGGCAACGAGGAGGGCAAGAUCGUGGGGGUGACAAUCGACACAACUGCGAUGAAGAUAGGCGUUGGGAAUCUGGCAUACGGGUCGAUAUUUCAGAAUUCCAUGGUGGACUACAAGCGGAGGAGUUCCUUGACUGGCUGACCACUGUCGAGGAGAUCUUGGAGUUCAAAGGGGUCCCGGAUGAUAGAAGAGUGGUGUUAGUAGCGACGCGGCUGCGUGGGCGCGCAACCGCAUGGUGGCAACAACUGAAGCUCAACUGUAGCACGUUGGCAAAGGACAAGAUCAACUCCUGGGAGAAGAUGAAGAAGCACAUGCACUCCAAUUUCUUACCCCACAAUUACCAGCGCGUGAUUUUUAUUCAAGAAUCAACUGAUCAAUUGGUGGCGAGGUACAUCAGUGGCUUAAGGACCAAAAUCCAGGAGACCUUCAACCUGUUCGACCCAAUCUCCAUCUUGGCAACCCAUCAACAAGCUUUGAUUAUUGAACGGCAACAGCGGCGUUCAGUCCUAUUGAGUUCUGGGGGAACACCUGGAGGAGACCGUCCGACUCCUUCUCCGACGAGUGGGCCGGCCCGAGGGGGAAUUACUGCGGAGAAGGCAGGGAAGAGAGUUAUGCUUGUCGAGGAAGAAGAGGAGACGGGAGACAUUCUUCCGCCUGUAUUUGAUGAAGAUAUCCUUGAUGAGGAGAUUGUUGAAGGUGACAUUGGUAGUUGUGAGAACAUUAUCUCUGACGAAGCAGUACAAAAGCUAAAUAUCUCCAUUGAGCGACACCCGACGCCGUACAAGCUGGCUUGGCUCAAGCGGGGUGGCGAGCUUAUGGUUAGCAAGCGAGCUUUUGUCACCUUCUCGAUUGGCCCAAAGUACAGAGAUGAAGUAUGCGGCGUGAAAAUAGUGUUGGUGCCCAACAAGCCUGUGGAAGCACCAAACGCCACCAACACCAACCUGUUGUCCUAUGCACCAUUUGGGAGAGAGUUACAGGAUUCAGGAACUGCUUUUGUCUUGCUCGGGAAAACAAUCACUGAAGAAGUCUUACCUAAUGAUUUACCGGGGGGACUUCCACCCCUACGGGACAUGCAGCAUCAGAUAGAGCUCCAGCUUGGCUCUAUCUUGCCACACCGACCACACUAUCGGAUGAGCCCGAGAGAGCAUGAAGAACUAAGGUGUCAAGUAAAAGAACUAUUGGCGAAAGGACAUGUCCGCGAGAGUAUGAGCCCAUGCGCGUUCCCCGCUUUAUUGACACCAAAGAAAGACGGCACUUGGCGCAUGUGUGUGGAUAGCCGGGCCAUCAACAAAAUCACUAUCAGGUAUAGAUUCCCUAUUCCUCGAUUAGAUGAUCUGCUUGACCAGAUUAGCGGGGCUACGGUGUUCACACGCCUAGACUUGAAGAGCGGGUAUCACCAGAUUCGCGUGCGGCCUGUUGACGAGUGGAAGACAGCGUUUAAGACGCGUGAAGUGUUGUAUGAGUGGAUGGUGAUGCCUUUUGGGCUUUCCAAUGCCCCUAGCACAUUCAUGAGGGUCAUGAACCAACUUUUGCGCCCAUUCAUUGGCAAAUUUGUGGUCGUGUAUUUUGAUGACAUCCUCAUUUAUAGCCCUGAUGAGAAGAUGCAUCUUGUACAUGUUCGAGAUGUCCUCACCACUCUUCAAUCCCAAGAGUUCUAUGCGGCAAAGAAAAAAUGUGUCUUCUUCACACCCAAGGUAUUGUUUUUGGGUUAUGUUGUUUCAGGGGAAGGAAUACAAGUGGACGAGGCCAAGAUCAAGGCGAUACAAGAUUGGCCAACUCCAACAACUAUCACUGAGGUGCGAAGCUUCCAUGGCCUUGCAUCCUUCUAUCGGCGGUUCAUCGCUCACUUUAGCAGCAUCAUGACACCAUUGACUGAGUGCAUGAAGGGCAGCAAAUUUACAUGGACCGCCGACGCCGAGGUUGCUUUCUAA